AUGUCUCUCUGUCCCCGAUGCAGCGCGAUCGAUCUCACAGACCCGCACGCCGAUAUCCGACUCGGUUCGUAUGAAUCCCUGUUAGAGAAAAGUCAUCGGAUAAUUGAUCCGGUUACUUCUUCUUCAACUCAUUGUGAAGCAUGUCUCUAUUUCAUAACGAUUCUUCAUCAUUCAUCCCGCUACGCGCAUUCGCGCGAGGAGUUGAAGGAUAAGAUUGUUUUUCUGUAUAUGCAUGGUUUGGAUGUGCGGGAUGUGGAUAGACAGGAGCGGAAGAGGUGGGGGGGCAUGGAUAUGCGGUUUGAUGUUUGUGCGGGAGAGGAUUACGAGGGGGGAUUGGGCGGAGGACGGUUUGAUAAGGAGGAGAGGGGAUUACCUGUUGAUCGGGUGAAGAAUGUUCCGGUUAGUAUGGAUGAUGAGAAUGGGCUUGAUGCAGUUGGGAAGUGGAUGAGGGAUUGUGGGAUGCAUCAUCAGAUUUGUCGGGCGGUACGGCGGGCUGAGGGGCUACCGACGAGACUUGUUAGGAUAUCAAGUGAUUUUGAUGUAGCUCCGGUGCUUAUUGAGACGUCCGGGUUAGCAUCUAUAGACUAUUUCGCAUUGAGCACUCGUUCAUUUGUGGAGACGGAAGGCCACAGGGUGGAAAAUCUCUCCAUCUUGGAAACAACGGGAAAGUCUUUAGAUACAAAUUCGCUUCCUAAAGUCUUCACAGAUGCAUUCGCUAUUACCCGACGCCUAGGAUUUGAAUACAUCUAUAUCGCCGCUCUCUGUCACGUGUCAGACGAUCCUCUCGAUCUGAUAUCAAUCUUCGCCCAAACAACUCUCCUUCUAUCCGCCGAUAACGUGCUGUCUCCCACCGAUGGAUUACUCCAACCUCGAGCAGUUUUCCAUUCUCCUCCCCUUGGAAUCAACAAAGACCGUUAUCUCCGUCUAAGCUGUCUUCGCAAUCACGCGGAUCUCGAUUCCUCUCCGCUGUCGAAAUCUGGCUGGGCAUUUAUGGAACGAGUCCUCGCACCUCGAAUUGUGCACUUCACUAAACGUCAAUUGAUCUGGGAGUGUGCCGAUGGAUGGAAAUUCGAAGCGGCGAAUGUGGAAGAUACACAAUAUGGACGUGGGAUGAUCCGAGGAACGUAUCAGAAAAAUCUCACGCAGCCCUACAUCCAGGAAUAUCUAUCUCGCAAAGCCACAAGUAUCUCCAACCCCAGCACACACGAAAACAACAAUACUCUGACGACAAAUCUUAGCAAAUAUGCACAGAGAUUAGAAGUCUGGUGCCAAAUCAUCGACACCAUCUCCCACACCACCUUUCCCUCCCAACCCGAUAAAUCCACAGCCCUAUCGCUCAUCACACAAAUCAUGGGGAACGACACACUCGGCCCAAGCCUCUCUGGCAUCUUCGCCAAAAAUAUUGCAUUCGGACUUGCAUGGAGCCGCGUAAAUACACUACUAACACCAAAUCGUGAUGCCCGCGCGCCAAGCUGGAGUUGGGAGAGCGUACACGGAUCGAUCUCGCACACGUACACGAGCUAUCCCCCUUCGAUCCUGCAGAUACGCUCUGCGCACACAUCCUGGAUCGAUAAAUACACUCCGCAACUAUUUUCACACGAUGACUCGUCUUCCCGUUCAUUAUCUUCCCUCCCCGUCUCACAUCCUCUCCCCGAAUAUUCUUCGCUCAUCCUCGAAGUGUCUCUCUCAAGCGUCCUCCAUCUGUGCGAGUACUUCCAGCCCGAAUUCCCAAAAUACAUGAUCAAUCUCGUGCUUGACCAAUCACCCAUCUUCGAUUGUAAAUGCUGUGGUCCUAGAAGUGAUGCGGUGCAAGAGAGCGGCAUGCAAGAAUUUGACAAGAGGAAGGAUCAUUACUUCGCGAUGUAUCUAUCGGGAGAUAUGGAUGUUGAGUCGGGAGAUAAGGAUCCGUGGAAGGUGAGUAGGUGUGCGGAUAUGUUGGUUUUGAGAAUGGUCGAUGAGGGGGGAGAGGUGGGGAGAGGUGAUGGAGAUCAAGAUGCAAGUAUUGCUGCGCAGAGAGAAAGAUUUAGUGGAGAUGCUGGAACUGCAAAGUAUGAGAGAGUAGGACUAUUGAGAUUGAGUUUUACGAGUUAUGAGAAGAAUUCCACCGAUGAAGCGUCAAUACAGGAGAAAUUCGAUGGGGUAGGAUGGGAGAGGAAAACGAUCAGGUUGGUUUGA